CAAAUCUUUAAAAUAAUAUUAAAAUGGGCAAUAAAUAAUAGAUUAGUAAAUAAGAGCUCCCAAACUCUAAAAAAGAAAAAGUUUAAGAUUUUUAUGAGAUAAAUGAGAAAGUAAAUAUAAAAAUACUAAGUGAGGACUUAAGUUCUGGGUAUUAGGGAAAAGUGAUUAUUACAAAACACAAAUUUUUAGGAUCUGACAGAGCCUUAAAGAUAAUUCAUAAAAAUGAGGUUCUUGAUUAAGAUUGUUUGAGAAAAACAAUCAAAGUUCUUCAUAAUUUAGUAAUAAUCCAUCUAUUUUUUAAAGGAUCAUCCUAAUAUCAUAAAAUUAUUUGAAAUUUUUGAAGAUGAUUAGAACAUUUUUUUAAUUAUGGAGUAUUUAAAUAUAGAAUAUAUUUAAGACUUUGUACUGGAGGAGAGUUAUUUGAAAGAUUAAGGGAUUAGGAUAAAUUUACAGAAAAUGAAUCAAGAGGAAUUUUUAAAUAAAUUAUGUAAGCCAUUCAUCACUGUCAUACUCAUGGGUUAUGUCACAGAGACCUUAAACCAGAAUACAUAUUAUUCCUUGAUAAAACUCUUAAUUCUCCAAUAAAAUUAAUAGGUUUUGAUGCUAGUGUAUUCUUUAAUGAUGAACAAUACAAAACGCUAUCUGGUAAAACACAAUUAACGAAAAAAAUAGGAACAGUAUUAUUCUUAUAUUAAAAUUAGGCUUUUUAUAUAGCCCCAGAAGUUCUAGACUAAAAUUAUAAUGAAAUUUGCGAUAUUUGGUCAGCUGGAGUGAUUUUGUAUAUUUUAUUGACAGGAUGUCCUCCUUUCAACGGAACAACUGAAUAAGAAAUCUUAACAGCAGUGAAGACUGGUAAUAUAAAAUUGGAUACUCCUGAAUUCAAUGGAAUUUCUAAUGAUUGUAAGGAUUUAAUUUCAAAAAUGUUAACCAAACCUAAUCAUAGAUUAAAUGCAGAGUAAGUAUUAAAACAUCCUUGGUUAAUUUGAUUAAUCAUUUAAGAAAAUAAACAUAAAU